AUGCACCGCCCCAUGUCGCUGAUUGAUCUUGUUGCGCUCGUGCCCUACGUGGUUGAAGCGAUCGCGUGCUACAGCGCUGUACUUCCGGAGGCGUCGGCGGUCGUGCAGGCCUGCGCCUUCUGCGGGUCCUCGCCUUUCUGCGCAUCGAGCGGUCGGUCGUACGAUGCGGUCAAGCGUCUUCGCAUCAUCUUUCGCAAGAAGCGGUCCAAAUUGAACGCAUUUUGGCGCUGCUAG